CCCGCCAUCAAACUUGCCAGCGCUGCACAGGCCACGCUACUGCUCUUCACCACACCAACACAUACAUCUGAAGUCAUGGCCAUGAAGCGCAAGUUCGACGAUGCCAGCGACGACGAGGAGGUUCGCGACUCCAAGCAGCUCAAGCUUGUCCCAUUCCCCACCUACUCUGAUGACGACUCCCUCAUGUCGGAUGGGGAGUCGCUCUACCACCAUGAACGCUACUCGUCGAAUGCGAGCACCAGCUCGUCCGCGUCCUCGUAUUCCCCCUCAUUCCUGCCGUCGCCCGGUGGCUACGGUCAGCCUUCUAGCCCCUCGGAGGGCCGUAUGCAGCCCGGCGGCUUCAUGGACCAUGGGCGACCUCUCCCGACCUCGAUGUCACCGACCACCGUGGCCAGCGACGACGGACGACACCGACGACGACGACACCAACCUCCGACCUCCUUCGACCUCAUUCAAUCCGGCACAUCCCCCGAUCACCCACUGUACCGCCGACCUGUACCGCCAUCACCUCUUACCCGCAUCCCCGUCAUCGUCGAUUCGCCCGUCUACCAAGUCACCGCACUGUACCAGUGA